CGCAGAGCUGUCCUUUCCGCGGCGCGGUCCCCGUCUGCUGAGUAGACGCUGAAGGCCACCAUGCAGCUCUUCAUCCACGCUCAGUCCCUCCACACCAUCGAGGUCUCCGGCACCGAGACCGUCGCCCAAAUCAAGGCGCGGGUGGCGGCGCUGGAGGGCGUCCCCCACGAGGACCAAGUGGUGUUGUUUGCCGGGACCCCCCCUGGACGAUGACGCUGUGCUGGACAGAGCCCCCUCCCCGAAUUCGCCACCCUCGAGGUCUCCACGCGCCUCCUGGGGGUACGUUUAGGGGAGGGGGCUGGGAAAGUCCAUGGUUCUCUUGCCCCCCCCCGUGCUGGCAAAGUGAGGGGCCAGACCCCCAAGGUUGCCAAGCAGGAGAAGAAGAAGAAGAAGACUGGGCGAGCCAAGCGGCGCAUGCAGUACAACCGCCGCUUCGUUAACGUCGUCCCUGGCUUCGGCAAGAAGAAGGGCCCCAACGCCAACUCCUGAACCCCCCGGCGACAGUAAACAGCAAUGAAAUUGGG